AUGGAGUCAGUACUUGAAGUACCUGAACAUAAACAUCCGUUAAAACUCAUUGAUUUGCAGCUACAAUAUGAAGAAGAGGAAGAAGAAGAAGAUGAGGAUGGUUAUCCCAUUAUGAAAGAUGGCUUUCAUGGUGUCACAUGUAGAAGGUGUGAGGAAGAAAUCCAUGUGUACCACAGGUAUUACUACACAUGUUGUUCAUCAUCAUGUGAUGAUAAGAAGGUCUUCUCACUUCACAAAUUUUGUGCUGAGCUCCCCAUAAGACAUGAUUUUGUAGGUAAGGAGGAUCAUUGGAUUUACAAAUGCGAUAAAUGUCUGUACUAUGUCCAUCUGGAUUGUGCAAUUAGUUUGCCGCCUCCUGCUGGCUUUGAGAAAACCAUUAAAAAUUAUGAAGAUGUUGACCAUCCUGGUCUUCUCCAUCUCCCGUUCCCCGAUGAAACAUACAGCCUACCAAAACACUAUUUGUUUUUCCAACAAUCAAGUACUGAUCAUCGUCAUCAUAAGAUUAAGGUGAAUGAUCACCUAACACAUGACAGUCAUCAACACCCUCUGAUUCUAGUUGAUGGUGAGACACAAAUUGAUACCAAAGGCAAAACCUCCUCAAAGUUUAAUCUUUCAUCAUCAAUUUGUCACGACCCGAUGAAAAAGACCCAACUGUUAUGCAAUGGAUGUCUCAGACCAAUCAUGUCCACCAUGCCUUUUUACAUUUGUGCUAAUGCUAAUGCUAAUGCUAAUGCUAAUGAUGAUGAGAUUCAGAUUCAGAUUCACGGGGUUUGCAAUAAAUUUGCUCUCCACUACUCCCCCCAAUAA